CCUUUAGAUGUUCAUGUUCCCACACACCACAAGAGAGAGAGAGAGAGAACAUGGGGAGAGAAAAAGAUGACAACAAGAACGGAGAAGGAGAGAGAAAGCUGGGAGAUGAAACGCCGUCAUCUUUCUUGGACGGUACGGGGUUAGUUUGUGUAACGGGAGGGACUGGUUUCAUUGCUUCAUGGCUCAUCAUGCGUCUCCUUCAACGUGGCUACUCAGUUCGAGCCACCGUUCGAACCAACCCAGAAGGGAGUAAGAAAGAUAUAAGCUACCUAACCGAACUCCCAUUUGCUUCGGAGAGGCUUAAAAUAUUCACCGCCGAUCUCAACGAACCGGAGAGUUUUAAACCGGCUAUUGAAGGAUGCAAAGCCGUCUUCCACGUGGCACAUCCCAUGGACCCGACCAGCAACGAGACCGAAGAGACCGUAACGAAACGUACCGUGCAAGGUCUUAUGGGGAUACUGAAGUCAUGUCUGGAUGCUAAAACCGUGAAACGCUUUUUCUACACGUCAAGCGCCGUGACCGUUUUCUACGGCGUUGGAAGCGGUGUUGGAGGAAACGGUGGAGUAGUAGAUGAGAGCGUUUGGAGCGACGUGGAAGUGUUUAGGAAUCAGAAGGAGAAGAGAGUGAGUAGCUCUUACGUUGUGUCGAAAAUGGCGGCAGAGAUGACGGCGCUUGAGUUCGGUGGGAAGAAUGGAUUGGAGGUUGUGACGCUUGUGAUCCCUCUCGUUGUCGGACCUUUUAUAUCUCAGUCGUUGCCUUCAUCCGUAUUCAUCUCUCUAGCCAUGAUCUUUGGAAAUUACAAGGAGAAGUAUUUGUUCGAUACUUACAACAUGGUACAUAUUGACGAUGUCGCAAGGGCGAUGAUAUUUCUAUUGGAAAAGCCAAUAGCGAAAGGGAGAUACAUAUGUUCGUCCGUGGAGAUGAACGUCGACGAGGUCUUUGAGUUUUUGUCUACGAGGUUUCCUCAGUUUCAGCUACCUUCAGUUGAUUUGAAGAGUUAUAGAGUAGAGAAGAGGAUGAGUCUGUCGUCGAAGAAGCUGAGGAGUGCAGGGUUCGAGUUUAAGCAUGGAGCUGAUGAUAUAUUCACUGGAGCUAUAAAGAGCUGCCAAGCGAGAGGCUUUCUAUGAAUUGAAAAUAUCAUUUCUUUUAUUCCGUUUUGUAAGAUGUUCUACCUGUUGACGAAAGAAAUAUAUUUUUGAAUAAUUAAUCGAAGAAAUAUGAAAAGCAAAAAUUAUCAACAAAAAAAGUCG